AUGAAAGCAAGAUUUAACCCUAAAAAGACCGAUGCAGUAGUCCAGAGUGUCUUUACCACCAAGGUGACAAAGCAUUCCACGUCACAAGAAUUUUUGAGAUUGGGUGACCCUCUGUGCUGCAUCUCCCCGGAUAACAUUGAACCACAAUCAGUUCGUGGGAGCCCUGUCCCUUUAACAAGAAUAAAAACCUUAGUUUCAAUGACAACGCCGAAAGAUUUCAGAGCACAUGGUUCUUGCACCUUACCACCAUUCGUUGAGUUUGAUAUGAGCUCAGAAAGCUUUGCCUGUCUUUAUAUACCUAGCAUUGCACCUCAGAGUACAACGCAAGUAACUGUAACAUCAGCUGACAACAGUGUAGCUGGUGGCAUUGGCUCAGGUGAUCGGUUCUUUCCACCCCAAACUGGUUUAACAUACAGCACAUGGAUAUGUGUCGAUAAAUUUUGCGAUCCUCAAACAGAUUAUCACAGCAUCAGACUAUUAACUUUAAUUCGUACUGUACAAUCAAACAGAGAUUUACUUUGCUUUAGUGCUGUUAUUAGUGCCCGUGACAAAGCAAUCAUUAUCUCAACUCAAGAGACACCACUACCACAAUGUGUUGGCGAUUGGGAGCCAGAAGGAACUGGUGAUUAUGGUGCUAGAGUUUGGUGUCCUGAGUUACUACAUGAAGGUCAAUGGCACCAUAUUGCAAUAGUAUUAAAUCGUGCUGUACUAAAAAAUUCAAGUUUUUUAUUGUAUCUCGAUGGUCAACAUAUUCAUAGCCAAAAGCUUCAUUAUAUUAGUCAAUUACCUGGUGGAGCCACGGCUAAUUUAAUAGUUGGAUCACCCGUAUAUGGCUAUAUAGGUACGCCUCCAUUUUGGCGAAGAUUGUCCAGACUUAAAUGGAAGCAAGGUCCAUGUUAUUUUAUGGAAGAAGUAUUGAAUUCACAAAAUAUAGCAACUUUAUUUAAGUUAGGUCCACAUUACAUGGGAAGCUUGCAAGCACCACAAUUUCCAGGUAUGAAUCCUCUGUCUUCAUUGGUAGCAGAAGAAAGAAUAGUUUUUGGAUUAAACUCCAAAGCAAUGUCACAAAUGACUCUUGCAAGAAUAAGAAAGGUGUACCGUAAAGAGGAUAACAAAUCCAUCGCCAAACAGGCAAGUAUCUUUGCAUCUUUAUUGAGUUAUCAGGUUGAAUGUAAUACUUCACAAAAUGGAUUGACCAUCAGAAACAUUUAUGAUUCAGUUAGAGAAAAUCUUCAUAUAACUGUAUUAGAAGAUAUUUAA